CUUGGGAAAUCAUAGUACCGAAAUGACGUGCGAAUAAACACACUUCUAAAAUAUUUUAACAACAAAAGUGCACAUAUUCCUGUUUCGGUUGAUUCUUUCUGCAGCAUAAUCUCCAUGUGAAAGUUUCCACAAGCAGUGCAAUUGCAGUGAAGAAACGAGCGUACCACAUCCCCGAGCAGGGAACCCCGAACCGAGAAGCAUUCGCUCGGACCUGUGCAGCGUUUUUCUGGUGCGGUGGUGUGGAAGUGGGAAAAAAGAAAGUGACCGUGUGAAGGUUUGGCUCCGAGCCCCCCUGGAACGCGUAGUUCGAUCUGUGUUGCGUGGCCAUCCAGAAGGCACUCCUCUUUGGGACGAACCGUUUCGAUAAAAAGCAAUCAAGACGCCGAUCGUAACCGAGAAACUGCCCCGCAGACGAGGUCAAGCUUUGGGCUCAAAAAUUGCUCUUCGGUCGAAAAGGCAGCAGCCCCCUCGUCGGAAGCUGGUCCAUCCGCCAUUUAUGGACCUGCCGAGGAAUCUGCACGACUGCUACUUCUUCUACUACUCGACAUGUAAAAAGGGGACCAACUGCGAGUACCGCCACGAGCCGGCGGCACUCGGGCACGAGAAAACCUGCAAACUGUGGGCGGAGGGCAAGUGCUACAAUCGCACCUGCACCAUGCGCCACAUGAAGAUCGAAAAGCCGCGCUCAGCCACGCCAUGCUUUUGGGAGGAUCAGCCGGGCGGCUGCCGCAAGCCGCACUGUGUGUUUCAGCACAAGAUCCCGAAGCCCGCGCAGCCAACAACGAGCAAUGUGGGCGUUCCGGUACAGCCGGCUGCUGCUGCCGCCGCCGCAAACGCUGCCGCAGCCCAUCUCAUGCAUUCGACAUCGGCCGCCGUCGUGCUGGACUACAACUAUGCAACCUUGCUGCCGCGAAUCAUCUAAACACAUAACCUUGAAUUUGCAUCGAGGAACCGGAAUGGCGCAGGUAGCCCUAAUGGCGGCGGUAAAACCUGCAGGAAGGAUUAAUGCAGCACGAUUGUUUCUUUCCGCGCGCGCCCAAAGCAGUGAUGGCGCGAAAAUGUUUGCCUAGAUCCUGCUAAACAGCAUGUGCACAGGACUAACGCUUCCACUACCACAUCUAUCCUCUACCCCCUUUCUCUUCGGCGACGCUUCACAUGGCGUAUUUAUUAUACAAUGUCCUUGGAUGGGUUGGGAAAUUAUCAGCUAUUAGUUUGUAUUUAUUAUAUUUAUUAUUUGUUCUUGCUUACCAUACUAUUGUUAAUAACUCCAUCAGCAGCGUCAAAUUUACAGUUGGUAUGCGGUUUCGAAUUUGCUAUGAAAACACAACAAACAAAAAUCUAGUGAAAUCUGUUGAUAGGAGAGAGUCGUCUUUCUGUUUUUGCGGAAACAGAGUUUAGGAACUGAAAAGCGAACGAACGGAAUCGAUCGAAUGUUCACUCAUUUGUAGGAAUGGGAAGAGGAGAUAGGGAACAAUACCUUUGUUGAAUCGGUUUGUGACUCAUGAAAGUCGAAUGAAUUUACGGAACAUGUUCGGGAACUUAGCAACAUUUAUAAUGAAUAUUAUAUCGGUUACAUUCAAAUUAGGCUUAUGUUUUGUGCAUCCAAACAGCGCACUGAUGUGCAAUUUAGAAUCAUUUUCUUUGUUUUUCUUCGCUGUUAUGAAUACUUAUUUGCAAAUUUUCAAAACAGGUAAAUCAAAAGCAAAACAAAACAAAAACGGGAAAGCAAAAGCCACAGAAGAUAGUUGAAUAAUCUUUGCAAUAGAUAGUCUACAGUCGCUGGUUUUUGUUCCGGUACACACCUACACACACACACACACGUUUCGUUAGGUUUUCGUGAAGGUUUGUGAUUGAAAGUUCCUUAUUGCGAAACAAAACAACAUAAAUGCUGAUGAACACGAGACAAACAAUAAAAAUAGAAUCAAUGCAAGUUAGUAUAUCAAUUAAAGGAAGAAUAGCAAAACACAUUGCACAGAUAUGAAAACAUUAGAACGUAACAGUGAAAAUUGAAGUUUAGAAAUACAUCAGGAAGUUAAAAAGAAAAUAUAAUCAAGAGAUGCGCUGACGGCGAACGUACAUUUCAAGCAGCAGGAAUGCAAAAAGAAUAAAAAAGAGUAAGGUAAAUGAAACACCUUCUGCUAUAAAGGAAGAAAAAACCAUGAACAUAAUUGUAAUCACAGUCUAUACAUACGCGACAGUUACAAGAACAGCUAAAAAGAAGUCAUUGUGAAUGGAUAUAGGAAUAAAUUGAACACGUUUAAGGCAGGAUGUCAGCAUUCUGUGCUACGAUCACACGACAUAACAGGAUCGAGACAGAUGCAAUAAGGACAGCUUAGCACCACUGAAUCGCCCGCUGUACUCCACAGAACGGAAACCUUGCAGAAUAGAGAUAAUUCCUUUGUUUUUUUUUAUUCGAAUCCAGUUUAUGAACCACAAGAUUAACUAGGAACGAAAUUUGAUCGGUAAUAGCUUUUUUAGAAUUUACUUGGGUGCCACUCUCCCUCUCUCUAUCAAUUCUUCGUUGAAGCUCUACCAACAAUGAACGGUAAAAGAAAAUUUAUAAAUCUGUCCUAAAAGCCUAGUAAAGGAAAUAAAAUUCACACCCAACACAUACACAAUACACACACACACACAGCCACACACAUACACAAUAUUAUCUAGCAAAGGUUUCUUUCGGAUUUGCAUUCUAAAUUGAAUGACUACCAUGAAUACGAGUUAAAUGAUAUUGGGCGCAAAAUAAAGUGGACUAUAAUCGCAAAAUUUAAACCGUAAUAAACAAGUAAUCAAUGGAUUUAA